AUCUCCCCACCAGCAAAAAAAAAAAAAGCGUGUUUGCAAUGAAGAGCAGACAGCAGAAAAGGGUUUUUCUCAGCAAACGCACUUUUCAGUAUUUCCCAUUUUAUUUUAAGAAUAUCAUUGGAAAGACACUAAGCGGCGUUAUUUAGUAUUCAAAAUACCUGCUCAAGAUGUGAUAGCUGUCUUGGUAAGAGCGCCCAGUGCUGCCGACUGCCGAGCAGCCAGGAAUUGCUGCUGUUCCCUGCUUGAGAGAGUCCAGGCUGUCAGCUGCAUCGACUCCAAGGCUGAAAAGAAUUUCAUUCCUGGGUUUGCCCAGGUGUCCUCCAAGCCCCGGGGUGGGCAGCCAAGCACAGAAGGAGUUGGGUUUUCCAGGGCUUUUCAGCUCCUGUCUCCACUUUGACACCCAGAGUCUGCAAAGAAGAAGGAACUGGCAGGGAUAUGCAGGAAUCCAUAUCGCCUGGGCUCUCUGAGCUGUUUUAGAGACAAAUAAGUUUUAUAAAGGUGGUUUAAUACGCUGAAAAUGCUGGGAAUUCUCCAGUCACCGCUUCCCUCUGCAUCUGUCCGUGCUGAACACUAGAUGGAGCGUCAGACACAGGGUUUGCUCCAGGAUUUACAUGGGAGAACAGUUUUUGCAGAGGACUGAGUCAUGCUUGAGAAAAACAGCGGAGUGUGGACUCCCAUCUGCAGAGCUGACAGCUUGUGUUGUGAAACGUGAUUUCUUGGGAUACACAACAUCCCGGCCCACGGCUGCUGAGAGAUCCCAGAGAGCCAGAGCUAUGAGGGCCAUUUCAAAACAGCCAAAGUCAUCCUGCAAAGGAACGUGGGGAGUUUGGAUAAAGAAAUCAGGCUGUUCAGCUGGGAUCUGCAGAUUCUCAUCUGUCUGUCUGAAUCAGAGUGGGAGCAGAUUGCAGGCUUCAGCAGCUGUUCCUGCUCCCUCCUGCGGGGCUCUCUCACAGCCCGAGAUCUCCCCUGGCUUUGGGUGCUGAAGAGACUGAGCAGAACUUUCUGCCAAAAUGAUGGAAAAUAAAGUGUUCCUGUCAUUCACGUUCUACAGCACGAUUUUGAUUUUAAAAAUGUAUGUCGUUGCCAUCAUUACAGGGCAAGUGAGACUCAGAAAGAAGGCAUUUGCAAACCCAGAGGACGCCGUGCGCAAUGGGGGGCUGCAGUUCUGCCGCCAGGACCCUGACGUGGAGCGGUGCCUCAGGGCCCACCGCAAUGACAUGGAGAACAUAUUUCCCUUCCUCUUCCUUGGAGCCAUCUACUCCCUGCUGGAUCCCAGUCCCACAGUGGCCAGGAUCCACUUCCUCAUCUUCUGUGUGGGGCGGAUCAUCCACACCAUUGCCUACCUGCUGCGCCUCAGGGCACCCACGCGCUCCCUGGCCUACAGCGUGGCCCAGCUGCCCUGCUUCUCCAUGGCCCUGCAGAUCCUCCUGGCCACCACCCCAUACUGGUAACAGCCAGAGAGACUGGACCCAAACCCCCUCCUCCUGACUCUGCUGGUCCCCCCUGCAAGUGGGAGUGUGUCUGUGUGUGUGUGUGUGAGAGAGGGAUGUCACCAGGGAGGUCCCUGCACCCUGAGGAUGUUCAGUGCAGCCUUGAUGAAAUUCCACCAUCAGAAUUUGUCAUAAAAGUCACCAGAGAGAUGGGACAUGCAGGGAAGGGAUGUGGGGGAAGGUUUCUCUCUCUCCUGCUGAGCAUGAGAGGUGGAAAGCACGUGGAUACCCUAGAGGAAGGGGUCAUUGAAGGAAAGGUUUUCUGUGUUUGGAGCUGUGACAGGGAAGAUGUGGCUUUUCCUCUUGCUCAUGAAGGCGGGAGAAAUCAUGAGGAUCCCACAAAGUCUCUUAGUCAGCAGAUGUGGUUGGUAGCAGAGGUCAUAAAGCAGCCACCCCUCUCCUGCCCAGCCCUGUGCAUCUGUGGGAAUGUGAGUCCCUUAGGUUCCCUCUCCUCCAAGGAGGACAGCAGGCUGGUGCCUUCCAGGCAGCCUAACAGGGAAGCCAAAAUCCCGGGCGUGAUGCUGUGAAGCCAUUGAAGUGUUCAGUGCUCCCAGUGCCACCUCAUCUCACACCAUGGGACACAGCUCCCUGCCAGGAGCCUCCCUGCAGGCAGGACCCUGCUAGCUCCUGGAGCUCCCAGCCAGCAGCAGCUGUGGCUUUUCCAUCUCAGCCUCACCACAGCAAGAUGCAGAGUACGUGCCUGGAGAGGCCAGCAGGAAUCCUUUACCCUGGACACAGAGCCUGAAUACAUUUGUUGGACACAGUUCUGGGACUUCUGGAAAGUCUAAAAUGCUGGCACAAAACAGGGGGUUUGCAGACAGAGUUUUCUCCCAAAGGGCAGUCUAGUCCACAUGCCACUAAUACCUGAAAAUGCCCCCAGGGCAUCAGACUGAGUUUCUUCCCCCUCCAACCUUUCUCUGGCUGCAGAGAAAGUUAUUGUUGUUAUUUGGGAAAUGUGAUCUCCUUAGGGGUGUUUUCUUUCAGCUGUUUCCUGCUGUCCACUGCUGCCACGCCAUUCACAGCCUGGAGCAGCUGGUGUUUGCAAAAAGCUCUGGAAAUGAGCAGAGGGGCUUUGAAGGGAGCAUUGCUGCUCUGCAGUGUCACCCAAAGAGAGGAGAGGCGGGGACCAGGGUAUUGCUUGGUGACAAGGGCCCAUGAGCUCCUCUGGCACACAGCUGUCCCCAGGUGCCAGGGGCUGCUCCCAGCAGCAGCAGCAGCAAUGGAGCAUCCCUCUGGAGGAGAAGGCAGGAGGAAAUCUCUGCUCUCAGUGCCUCCUCCCUCCUCUGAGGGCAACACAGAAUUUGAAUAACAUCAUGGUGCAAGCCAGAAUGAGUAGAAAAUAAAUUCCCUUUCCACCUGUCCUGUGCACUAAGGCUGUUCCCUUGACUCUGCUCUCCUCAGAGAUGCUCCUGCUGAGACCUCACUGGGGCACACCUGCUCAGACUGAUGUUCAGCCCUGCUCAGACUGAUGUUCAGCCUUUGCUCAGCUCUGGUAGUUUCUGUACCAGUAACUCGAUGCCAUUGCAGUUGUGGCCUCAGGCUGAGCUGUGUGGUGAAGUUUGGAGUGGAAUUCUUUGCUCUCCCACUUCAAGGAAGGUGGGGAAAUUGGAUUGCAGGUUCAGCAGUUCACUCUUGGCCACUUCUCCUUCCCACAGAUGCUUGGGUAACACAGACCCCUCUUCACAAGUCUUUUCUGCCUCACAUGGUGCACGAGGCCUUGAACUCCUGUAUGUUUCUCUGCUGCUGCACAUGCAUCCUGGUGGCAGGAAGCAAAUAUUCCCAAUAAAAACAAAUCAUUGUACUCUGAUACAUCCUUCCUUCGGGAGCAGCAGAUGCAGCUGGGCAGCAGCUGGGUCAGCCCCAGCAGGAUGGAUCCUCAGCAGGAUGGAUCCUCAGCAGGAUGUUAAACCCCACUGUAGAGCCUGGAGUGCCCUGGGAUUUCUAAAGAGAAUCCCUUUCCUCUGCACUCACCUGCCCUGCAGAGGAAGCUCUUGUCCAGGUGUGCAUUAUUUGUGCUGAGCCUUUAAAUUCAGCAGAGCUGGGAAUUACAAGCAGCUCUGCUCACUUUUCCUUUCCUGAGUAGAAAGUUGUUACAAAGCUUGGUGUUCACCCAAAAAUCCUGGAGGGCUGGAGAAGCUCAGGUAAGAUGUGGUUGCUCUUCUUUCUGUUCUUAGGACUCAUAAAGGAGCUGCUUGUAUUUUCCAAGAUAAGUAGCCCUCAUUUUUUUUUGGACUAGGUUGCUGGGCAACAAAUGCUUCAUUUCUCUGUUUUUUCUGUAUUUUCUUAAGUUGUUAGUGGCUGGGAGGUGCUGCUGCCCAGUCUCUGUGUGUUUUAGUUUCAUAAAAUGGCUCCACUUGGUUGUUU